AUGAUCCGCACAGUCAGUGAUUUAUUCAGAUAUCAAGGUCUCGCAUUUGCUCUGUUUUUUACUCUCAGUGCAAUCAUGGCUGAUUUGCUGUGUUACUUUUUCUUACCCACUACACUUACCUACCUGCUUGGUAGCUCAUUUGUAUGGAUACAGCUCGUAUGGCAAACAGACCGUGGCUUUUAUAUUCCGACUGUUGCACUGUGCUGCAUGUUCCCCUACUUCGAGUUUGUUGCGCGAUUUCGUGGUCCGAAAAACUUCCCCUUUGGUAUAGAUCUUUGCAGACCCUUUGCAGCACAUUGUAUCGGCUAUCCGGUUGUAACUUUGGGUUUCAGUUUGAAAAGUACGAUUUCGCAUCAUUUCCGUCUGAGAAGAAAAAGAUGGGUUGCAGCACAAAAUACAACCUUUUUCUCAAUACUUGAAAGAGCUUUACCAAAAGAAUUGUGGUUCUAUUUAAAAUCAGAUUCUAAUUCUAAAUCGAAAAACCCAAAUGUGCUGUGUGACAAUAAUAAUUGUCCGACAUUAGCCAUCUCUUCCACACCCACAGUGCCAAAUUCAACUUCAACAGGACAUAUUGUGGCUGAGGCGAGUAACGCUGUUAGCCUAAUUCAUUCCAAGGACAAAGAUAAUCAUUGUAUUACAAAUACAAACCGUAAAAACAUAUCUGUACAUCAUAGCCGUACAACUAUCACUACCACUACGACGACGACUACUACUACUACACGUAUCACUAAUUCAUCAACUGCACAUAGAAGUAACUGUACGGAUGUUGCUAUAUGCUCAACUGGUAAAAAUAUUUCUCAAGAGCAUACAUUUCAACUUAAAGUUGGUGAUCAAAAUGACAAUUAUGCGUCUGCAGCUUCAGCAUUGGCAGUAAAGUCUGAUUCUUAUACAAAAAUCUUGGCAUCUGCUGAAAAUACUGUCGUAAAACUUUCUUCCCAUGAUAUUCAUCAAGAGAGCUGUAUUCAAAAGGAAAAUGUCGGUAAAGAAGAAAAAUUAGUCAGUAAAAAGUCACCAUCUUCAAUUAAAUCUGUUACAUCCAGUUCAUCAGCUUCAACAUGUUCUAAUUCAUCUAUGCCUAAAUCUUCAAGUGGUGUAAAUAAUCCAACUAGUAAUAAAACUAAAUCAACAAACACUAAGUCUAGUGGUGUAAAACAAAAAACAAAAACAACUUCCGGUACUGCUAUGAAUUCUACUGCUGUUUCUGGAGCCGCUUGCGGUGGUAAUGGUAGUGGUGGUGGUGGCAAACCUAAUGCGUCAGCUUCAAAUCCAUCGUCAUCAACUGGUUGUAAAAAUAGUGGUAAAAAUUCUAACAAGGAUGAAUAUACUUUAAAGCUAGAAGCUGAGGCUAAGCAUUUGAAAUCAGAAAUCCAGUCUUUACGUAGUUCAGAAGUUCAGUUACGCAGUCAGGUUCAACAGUUGCUUUCUAUUGAACGCACAUAUCAAUCAGAGAGUACUCAAGCUCAACAGGAAUAUGAAAGUCUACAGGUCAAGUACAACCAACUAACUCAACGCCUUGAAAAUGAACCAUUCUCAUUAAUAUCCCAACUGCAUAAAUUAACUAAUCUAAUCGAGAUGGAUAAGCAAGAGUUGUUAUUCUGUUAUUGUAUUUUAUUGAUUUAUUUAAAAUUUUCGAUUCAUUUGCUGUGUACUGAAGACAUAGCAGCUCCAUCAGUAGGCGUAUAA